CUCUCUGUUUUUCAGCCUCCCAUUCACUCGGACACCCCGCUCAGGUUGUGGCAGGCAGCGGUGUCCAUCAGGCAGAGAUGCCGGCUGAGGGAUUCGUUUUUGCGGCUGUGAUUUGCGCUGUCAUGGCGCAAAACUGCAGCGGGGAGCUUAUGGCUCACGUGCAGGACCCGAACCCCGUGCCAGAAUCCUCCUUGCUCAAGCCCAAAGUCAUGAUCGCGAUUCUUGCUCGAAACUCUGCGCACAGCCUGCCCUACUACCUGGACUGCAUCGACCGCCUGGACUACCCGAAGGACCGGAUUGCGAUAUGGGCUGCAACAGACCAUAACGUGGACAACAGCACAGCCAUGCUGAGAGAGUGGCUGAAGAACAGGCAGAGCAGAUAUCACUAUGUGGAGUGGAGGCCCAUGGAGGAGCCACGGUCAUACACAGAUGAGUGGGGGCCAAAACACUGGUCUUCGUCUCGUGUCAGUCAUGUAAUGAAGCUCAGACAGGCAGCAUUAAAGGCUGCAAGAGCUCGCUGGGCUGAUUAUAUACUGUAUGUUGACAGUGAUAACCUGCUGACCAACCCACGGGUGUUGAAUCUUCUGAUGGCAGAGAACUUAACCCUAGUGGCGCCCAUGCUGGAUUCAAGAUCGCUUUACUCAAACUUCUGGUGUGGCAUCACACCUCAGGGUUAUUACAAGCGUACCCCAGACUACCAGCCUAUCCGUGAGUGGAAGCGUUUGGGCUGUUUUUCAGUUCCCAUGGUUCACUCCACCUUCCUGCUGGAUCUGAGACGCAGUGCCACACUGGACAUGGCCUUCUACCCGCCUCACCCGGACUACAGCUGGGCAUUUGAUGACAUCAUGGUGUUUGCAUUCUCUGCGCGAGAAGCUGGUGUACAGAUGUAUGUGUGUAACAGAGAACAUUACGGGUUUCUGCCUGUCCCUCUGAAGGCCCAACAGAGUGUUGAAGAUGAAGAGGAGAGUUUCACACACACCAUCACUGAGGCCAUGAUCGAUCAUAACAUAAAACCCUCCGAGUUCCUCUUCACUCCAAGCAAACCUCAGGACAAGAUGAGCUUUGAUGAGAUCUUCUUGAUUAAUCUGAAGCGGAGGUUCGACCGAAGGGAACGGAUGUUGAACACUAUGGCAGUUCUGGGUCUUGAGGCGACGCUGGUUGAUGCCGUCGAUGGGAAGACUUUGAACACAUCUCAGCUUCAAGCUCUUGGUAUAGAAAUGAUGCCAGGGUAUAAAGAUCCGUAUUCUGGUCGAGUUUUGACACGUGGAGAGAUCGGCUGUUUCCUCAGUCACCACUUCACCUGGAAACAGGUGUUGGAAAGAGGUCUGCGGCAUGUACUGGUGUUGGAGGACGAUGUGAGGUUUGAGCCUCGCUUUAAAAGAAGGUUACAGACCAUCAUGAAAGAUGUUGAAAAAACUCAGUUGAACUGGGACCUCAUAUAUGUUGGCCGUAAGCGGAUGCAGGUGGCUCAGCCGGAGGUGUCUGUAGAAGGUGUAAAUAACCUGGUGGAGGCCGAUUACUCAUACUGGACUCUAGGUUAUGCUCUCUCACAACAGGGGGCCAAGAAACUCCUUGCUGCCCAGCCGCUUGGCAAGAUGCUCCCUGUGGAUGAGUUCCUGCCAGUCAUGUUCAACAAACACCCAAAUUCUGCAUACAUGUCUCACUUUGAUCCCAGGGAUCUGCGUGCUUUCUCUGUUGAGCCAUUGCUGCUGUACCCAACACACUAUACGGGUGAGCCUGGCUACUUCAGCGACACAGAGACAUCCACUAUUUGGGAUGACGAGUCCGUCAACACCGAUUGGGACAGACAAUACGCACAAAAAACUGCCCAGCAAGCACAAAUUCGCUCCGUUGCUCAGAACAGCGUCACCGGGGACACACCAGCGCCUGCGUCCCGAGCCUCCCGAGACGAACUCUGA